UUCUGAAGGCAUCACAACUUUACCCUUUACGUACCCUCCGAUUUCAGUGCACUCAAUUCUAGUUAGUAGUUAUACUUCACAGAGAAAUACGAGGUAUGAAUAGUGAGGCAAUGGACAAGAAGCUUUAUGGUGCAUGCGUGAAAGGAGACGCAGAGACAUUGGAGGCACUGAUGCGAGAAGAUGAACUCACUCUUGCUCGAGUUUCGAUAUCUUCUUGCUUUAACCAAACACCCUUGCAUCUUGCUUCUAUGUUAGGUCACUUUGAGUUUGCUAAAUCCCUUCUCUCUCACAAGCCUGAUUUUGCAAACAGAUUAGAUUCACAAGGUUGUUCUGCUCUUCAUUUGGCAUCUGCAAACGGAUAUGCGAACAUCGUUAAACUGUUGCUGCUGCACAAUGAGAAAAUGUGCAGUGUUCCUGAUGAGGACGAAAGGACCCCUCUCAAUUUGGCUGUGAUGAAUGGCCAAUAUGAUUGUGUUGACGAAUUGAUGAAAGCCCUUUCGGAGUCUAAUGAUCAAGGACUUGAUACAGUAUUGCACAUGUGUGUUAUGUAUAAUCGUUUGGAUGUUCUGAUUCUUGUUUUAGACAAGAACCCCAUGGAUUUGUCGGACGUUAAAGAUGAGGAUGGUAACACUAUUCUGCAUUAUGCUGCAGGUUUACGACGUAUGCAGAUAGUAAAGUACCUGAUAGCAAAUAGAAGUGAAGCCGAGAUAAAUGUAAAAAAUAAAAAAGGUCUCACGGCUUUGGGCACAAUAGAGGAGAUGCUUAAAGAUGUAAAAAGCAUGGAAAUUAAGGAGCUUCUUGUCUCAGCUGGUACUAAAAACACCCAAGAAGAAGUAGUAGGCACUGGGACCUAUAAUAAGCUGUUAAACAUCGCCAAGAAGGUAAAAAAAAUGACCUUAUCUCAGGACAGAAUGGAAACAAAAGAUGAGACAUUACUGGUAGCAGCAUCUGUCAUAGCCGCAAUGGCUUACACAUCAGCUAUUAGCCCUCCCGGUGGUGUUGCUUCAAUGGAUGCCGCAAGUUAUUCAGUCAGUGACCCUUGGUAUUUUAGUUAUUUUCUUGCACCUGGAAGCUCCCUUCUCGCCUACUUCUCCGCAUCAGUGAGUAAUGCAUUUUGGGUAUUCAACACCAUCUCCUUUAUAGCUGCUCUGAGUGUAAUCUUUUUGUAUGUGAGCGGUGCAAGUCUGAAGCAGAAGCUUUUCAUCUGGUCUAUUCGCGGUUCAAUGUGGAUAACUCUGUCAGCCAUGAUUUUCGCCUACGAGGCUGCAGUUAGAGCCACCACCCCAAAAUAUAAUCAGAAUAACCGAACACUUAAAACAGUUAGAAUUGGACUGUAUUCAUGGUUGUUCUUGAUGGUCAUUGCCGUAUUGGUUGUUCUUUUUCGUCUUUGCCGCUUCACGGUGAGGAGAUUUAAAACAACGAGGGCUAGCAACAAGAAAAAGAUGCCUCCAUUGUCCCAAACCCAGCCUCAACACGAACCGAAAUAAUAAUAUCAGAUAAUUAAUUAAGUUUCAAACUCUAUCUGCAGUUCUUCAGUUUACCUUGCUUUAUGUGUACUGAAAGUUGUUACUAUCUUUAUUUAAAAAUUUAAUGUUGUGUUUUAUAUUUCUACUGUCCAUGUUUGAUGUACAAUAAUUUUUGAACUAGCUUUGUAAUCCGUGUUUGAUGCCGGCAUACUCUAAAUAUAUCCAUCUUUCCGUUG